UUGGGUUCUAUGACCUAGGUUCAAGGUUGCGUAGUCAGCUUUCAAGGUGAAAGCAGUCGUCUGCCUGUCUAAUUUCAAAUGAUUAAGAUUAAAUAGACUGAGUUUUUGGUUGUUUAAUUCUCUUCCAAACUUGAAAAUUUAUGUGCCUCAACUUAAUAUACUGAAGACUGAGUUUACGUCUCUUUUAUUCUCUGGCGAAUAACAUGUUAGGAGUCAUAUGUUCGUAAAUUCAUAUGAUUCAACUUGAUUUUCAAUGGGUGUUAUAUACUAAUGAUGGAGUUCGAGAGAUUAUCGGAAAAUAUAUCUGAACAGCUUGUUCAGACGACGAGGUCGUUGCAAUCGUUUCGAGAUCGUUCACUCUUCACUGAUGUUAUCUUAUGUGCUGGUGAUGAAGAACUCCCUUGCCACAAGGCAGUACUAGCUGCUAGUUCAGCAUAUUUCUUAGCCAUGUUUUCAUCACCAUAUAAAGAACAACAAACUUCCCGAGUCAAGUUAGAUUAUAUUUCUCCUUGGGCUCUUCGUCGUCUGCUUGAUUUUGCAUAUCUUGGUUGCUUAGAAAUUACAGAAGCCACUGUGCAAGAUAUAUUUCUUGCUGCUAGUUUACUUGACUAUCCAAUAGCUAUCAAAUAUUGUGUUGAAUUUAUGAAGAGUCAUUUAGAUGUUACAAAUUGUUUAGGUAUCGAGGCAUUAGCUGAAAUGCACAAUAUUACCGAUUUAGCUCAAUCAUCGCAUAAAUUGGCUGUAGAAAAUUUCUCCAGCUUACUAAGAGAAUCUAACGAAUGGACCAAUUUGCCUAUUUCGACUGUCAUUUCAUAUAUCUCUUCAGAUGACCUAGAUGUACCUUCCGAACAAUUUGUUUGGGAUGCUUGUAUUAAUUGGGUCGACCAAUCUUCUGAAACACGAAUUGUCUACCUCCCUCAACUACUGUCACAUAUUCGUUUGAAAUAUUUGGAAAAAGAAAUGUUGGAAAUUCAAUUACAAGAAAAUCCUUUAAUUAUUGCCGGUACACUCAUGGAUUCAGUAUAUGCGUAUUCACCUGUUCGAUCUUCAUGGAGUCAGCGCAAAUGUAUGCCGCAGGCGAGAGCUCGACAUUUUUCUGUUUCUGUCGGUAGCCGAUAUAUUUUUGUAUUCGGUGGUGUAACAAUGUCUACAAAUUCUAAUCAUCGAUAUCAUUCAUCAGAUCGUGUAAUUAUGAAUCAUUUACAAGAAACUAACUCUUCAUCAAACAGGCGGAAUCACAUUUCCUCGCGAUUGCCAGCAUUCAACCCAAAUCUUCCGGUAACUGAAUUAGAUAUUCCUACAUUGAAUUUUGAAAAAUCCAUUAUUCGGUAUGAUAUCUGUAGCGAUACAUGGCUUAAUGUAGGAGAAACAGAUAAUCCAAGACUAGAGUCACAUGUUGUCUUGAUUAAUGAAUCGAACGAGAAUGCAAGUUUCAAUCUACAAUCAUCUGAUGGAAUUCAUGAGACGGAUAGUGAGCAAAAUUCAUUACGUUCGGAUUUAUCAGAUAACACAUCAGUCUCAGAAAAUAAUACUACCAACAACAAUAGUAAUGGUACUAAUCAAACCAAUAAAACCCGUCGAAGAAAUAAUUCCAUGAAUGUAAAUUUUGAACGUGUUUUUGUUGAAAUUGGUGGAAUAACUGAAUCACAGCCACAUGGUACGGAUCAGGUUGCUUUUUAUCGUUUACGUCCUGACUAUACAGUAUUUUGUACCGCGGAUUACAUAAAACUCCCACAACAAGUUCGAUAUGUGAACUGUUGUGCGCAUCAAGAUACCAACCUGGUGUACAUAUUUUGGGAAUCAACAAGUGAAUUAUCAGUUUUGGAUCUUCAUCGUCACACACUACGCUCACUAGCUCCCUUGGUUUCUUCCUCUACUUCAUCUCCAAACGAAGCACGGAUUCAUGCUGGGUUAUCGUGGGUUGGAGAGCAUUUGUAUGUGGUUGGAGGAUUUAGUGAGUUUGUUGGUGAUGAUCGACGUCCUACUGGUCCACGAGAUGAUGUCCACUGCUAUGAUCCGACAACGAACACAUGGUCUUGCAUUAAAGUUCUCAAUACAACAGUCCCUCGAGCUAUCUUCGGUUGUGUUUGUCUCAAUAUGUGAUACACCAAUAUUGGGGUUGUACGAACUUUCAUAUCCUAUAUAUAUAUAUAUAUAUAUAUAUAUAUAUAUAUCAUAACAAAAAUUAUGUUUAUUUUAAUGUGAUACUUCCUAAUCGUAGGACCUAAAUAUAAGAAGGAUGUUUUCUGUCCACCUAUUUUCAUGUGAUUUUUUAAAAAUUUUUAACUGUGUCCAUUAUGCGAAGACAUAUAUUUGCUCUUUAACUUGCCAAAUUAUUUCAUUUUAAUUGUCCCGCUGGUUCGGGUCGUACAUUUGUUUUGUGAGAUAUCACCUAGGUAUUAUAAUCAUCAGAGUGUUAUCCACAAAAAUGCAUUUAUACUGUUGUCAAAUUAACUUCGUUGUUUUUAUUUCUCUAAUAAUGGAAGCAUUUGUGUACGUCUUGUCAAAUUAUUCAUUUGUAGUAUUAGACUCAAUAGUUUUCGUUGAGAAUUAUUAUAUUUUGUAGUUAUUUAAUGAUG